AUGGCAUCCGGACUAUCGGCACUUCCACCGUCGGUCUAUGUCAACCGUCUUCGUCGAGCCUUCUUCUUGCGGGUGCAUCCUGAUCGGUUUCGUUCCCACAAUGUUACCGUUCGUUCGAACCAGGCCAAACUGGUCCAGGUUCUCAACAAUCGAAUGACAUUUCCCGAUUUUGUGCUCUGGCAAGGUCAAGGCAGUGCCACGGCACCACUCCCCGCAUCGACUACGAUUCCCUCGGAAUCACUAAAGUAUGUUUUGGAACAUCACGAUGGAUCAUUGAUUCAGAAAUCCAUUCAGUUGACAGACUCUGUGGAUUCCAUUUUGGCAAGCAUGGCGGAAGCGCUCGAAUCCUCAGGAGCCGCAUCGUUGCCCCCGCCACCCAAAAUGACAGCCAAAAAGACAACCACAAUGCCAAACGACAACAUUGUUUGGACCCAAUCUACAUCCACAUCAUCAUCGACACAACCAGAUAUUGACCAUCGGUUUGACAUUAACACUACCAGAGGACGCGAUUUGUUGGCUUUUUGUGAAACCCUCGAUCGACAGCAAGUCGAAGAACGACGCCAAUUCCGAAUGGACGCCAAUGCCAACGCCGCAAUUGGACGUCGUCUCUAUCAAUUCCAAUCCAUUGAUGGGCUCUCGCUUUUCUGGUCCUCUCGUAGCUUUGCUAUACUACUGCGCACCCUCAUUCAACUACACGAAGAACAUCACCAUCAGUUCCUGGUGGAGUCAUUCUAUCCACUCCGCUUGGUCUUCUCCAACAAUGAUUAUAAUUUUGAAGAAGCACUCGAUUUGUAUGGAGGAGUCCUUCAUCUACAUCCCGGAUACACACCCUUGCAAUGGCUGGAAAUUUUGAGAAAAGUGACACCCGAACGACUGAAGACACUGCAACAUCACCGCCAACAACUCGAACUAGCACAACGCAAAAUUCAAUCUGCCUUGGGGUGCAGAAUAAAAAAAGGAUUCACUUGUAACAGCCAAGAUUAUUAUCACUUUGUACUCAAGUUGGCACAUCAUUUACCAAAUCAAGAAGGAGCAGACGGGGAAGUCGUACCAGUCACAUCGGCCGUGGCUUUGGAAUCCAUUCACGUGGUGGUGGAAUCCGCGGAUGCUUGUCGCUUUCGGUGCAUCGUCACCCAAGAGGGACAGAUCCGUGUCGGAGCCAUGAUGCCCGUCGACACUGUGCUCAGUGCCAUUCACAGAGACGCCGCCGAAGCUCGCCGGCGAAGGGAUCGAGACCGAAAAGAACGAGCCAUUGCCGACGAACGUGCCAAACAGGUACAAUGGGAACUUGGAUUGACACGCAAAGUGUACAAGGCCGGGACGUUCCGAAUCAGUCAUGAAGAUUUUCAAAAGUGUUUGCAACGUGUUCUCCAUUUGGAACCCGAUCAAAAAGGAAGGUUGAAACUGUCGUUGGGCGGCAAUGCCCUUGGCGUAGCUGGGAGUGGACAAUUCUGCCAACUCGGUGACGAUGGGGCAGUUAUCAUUCCGCAUGAUUGGGCCGUCAACGGCACACAAGAAGCCACAGCAAGCGCGUUUUCAUCUUGA